UCAUAUGACUAUAGCCAUGCGAUGAUUCAGUUCAUACGAGUUUAAAUAAUAAUUUAUAGCGUUUAUAAGUAGCACCCUAAUGCAGGAUAUAAAGAGCUAAAAAUUGCACAUAAAUGGAAGACUUUUUUCUUCCAGUUCAAGAGGUUCCAGUAUUUGCGCAGCAAGGAUCUUCAACAUUGUCUCAGUUAGGACUUUUAUAUGAUUGUCGUCAAGCUAAAGUUAUUGAAGAUUCUUUUUUUUGGUCCCCCGAAACUAUUUCCUCAUUCAAGACAGAAAAACUUUUUAAUGUUUCAUCCACAUCGGAAAUAUAUCAUACCGAGUCUUGGAUCCAAAAUCUAAAAAGUCAGGGUGUUUUUGAACAGCUGAAAUUGAGUGUUUUCUCUGGCUUAGAUAAUCUGGCAGAACAUCCAACUUUUUUAAAAAAGUCUGAAGAGUUCCAAAAAUCUAUCAACUUAAUAAUUGUUCUUGAAAAGGUAACUAAAAUAGAAAAGAUUUCACCAUCCUUACUAAAAUGUUGUAAUUUUUCAGAUCUUCUUAGUAAUAACAAUGCUAGCCAUAUUAUAGUUGGAGUUAAGUAUGGUUGGAGAACCAUAAUCAACAUUGAUUUGAAGCGCGAUCAUGACAAAGAAACAGGUUUAAAUGAGCUAAAUGCUUUUGUCAAAAAGAUUUUAAGCUCAGCUGAAAUUGAAAAGUACUCUAACAGUGAAUUACAAAUGGCAAAGAAAGUUAAGUGGAAAAUUAAUUAUGGAGGUGUUGAGACAGUGUCUUCUGAAUUUGAAGAUAUUCUAAAACUCUGCAAUAAGUUUGAUAAAGGAACAGAAGCUAAAGAAGCUCCUACAACAGUUUUUCUAGUCAGUAUGCCAAAUAUCCUUUAUCAAUCUGUUGAUACUAACUUCAGUUUAACAAAAAAAUUUAACAACGCUGAUUACAUUUUUGAUACUAUAGUCAAACUUAACGACUUAUGCAAGCUUCCGUGCUUAGUAAGCUUUCCAUUGUUUAAACAAGAAAUUGUUAGGUGUGUUAAGAUUUUAGGAAAAAAAAUCUCAGAAAGUGAUAUUAUUAUAAAAAUUUUAAAAACAAGUAGCGUACCUUCUUUAUCACUUCAAUUAUUUCUAGAAAAAUGGCUAAAUAAGACGAAUGAUAUUGCAGCAUUUUUGUCAAAAACGUUAAAACUUUUUACUAACAUUAAUAUAGGCAGUACGAACAAAGAAAUCUUGAACGGAAAAAAAGAUAUUAUAUUUAUACUUGCAAUCAACACUAUAAUUACAAAUGACACUUUUAUUCAAGAGCUACAAUCUUAUAAAAGUCACAAUGUCAUUUCAAAAACGAGUUACAUUAGUUCUAAUAGUGAAACAUUUUCGGUUGCAUUUGAAACAGCUAAAAGUUUUAAUAAAUUUGCAAUAGCAAACAAGGAUAGGAAAGGGCUCGCAUUCUUUUGUACAGAAGACAUUUCUCUUCAAGGUAAAAACGAAAAUUCAUCUCCUAUUGAAAUUAAAUUGUUCAAAAAUGGUAUCCAACAAACUUGUCCAACUUUACCAACAAAACCUGAAAAUUUUACCAUCAAAGAAAUCUCAUGCGAAACUGUUUCAAUUACCUGGAAUAAACCAAAAAAAGGUGCUGAGUAUGUCACACGUUACCUAAUCACUGCAAAGGAAAAUGAUUCAAGUAUCAGAGAAUGGUCUCAAAAAGCAAACAAUAAUGAUGCAAUGCAACUCACGCUUGAAAAGUUGAGCUGCAACUCAACAUACUGCAUCAUUCUGCAAGGUGUUACAAAUUUUGGAGUAACUCCAUCGCAACAGACUAAAAUAACUACCUUAUCUGCUGAUUUGCCUAAAAACAUGAGGUUAUCAGUUUUUAAUAAGAAUACUUCUCCUUCUUUUGAAGAAAUUAUAGCGAAGGUAAAGCAUAUGUUGAAAAAAAUGUAUUUUGUUCUUAAACAGGAAAAUGAAAAACUAGUUACGUUUAAUGAAGUUAAUGGUAUAACUAUAAAUUUGCUUAAAAUGUUAAAACUACAUAAAAACAUAUCAAUUGCAGAUUUAUUUGAGUCCAUCUUUUGUCAAUAUGGAUAUAAUUCAGAAACAAAGAGCUUUGAGAGACCAGAUAGUGAUUCUUUUUUAAAAAUGCUAGAUAACAUUAACUUUGCUUUAGAUAAACUAAAAGAUGAAAAUAUGUUUGAGGAAGUGUUAGAAAAUAGAAUACUUUCUGCACUUCAGGAGCUCAGUUUGUACCCAAAUCUAAGUUACCAAGAAAAUGCUUUAUUACAAAAAUCAUGGUGUCCAAUAGAGACAACAUCAGAUAAUAACAAGUUUGUCAUUGCAGAGAAAAAAGAUAACUUUAAAAUCAUAAAUAAAAAGUUACCAUUUGUUAUGCCAAAGCCACUUAAAAAAACAAAAUCCAAAUCAAAUCACUCGUAUAGUGAUUUUUUUGAAAAAGACCCAGCACAUAAGUAUCAUAUGGAGGACGUAUUUUCUGUGGAUAUUUUUAAUUUUAAUGAUACAAAUGAAACUGAAAAGCAACUAAAGUUUCUCAGGCAACUUCUUUCAUUAGAUUUCCACUGCAGAGAUCAAACAAGAUCACAAUGUGCUAAAAAAACUUCUAUACAAGAAUGCAAUGACGAAGAUGAUUUUUUUGCUCAAGUGACAAAAAAAAACUCUUCACCUCAACAAUCAAGAAAAGAAAAUAGUAGCACAGAUCUUAUUCAAAAAACCCUAUUUAACUGCGACGAUUUUCUAUUGCAAGAUGUGUUUGAAAAAAUGACCUCCUGUCAGUUAGCUGUGCCAAUUCUAACAUCAAGGGAUAGUAAUUUCUUUUUUAAUUUGUGGGGCAUGAGAACAGUUAAAAAAAAAUGGGUAACAGCUAUACCAAAACAAGUUGCUCACGAUGAGUUUAUCUCUGGUGCGCAAAUGGGGACAAUUUCAUUUUGUAGGAUUGGUGAAAACAAAUUGUCAUUGUCAAAAUCAAUACUUGCAAACUUGUUCUUGUCUUCAGCUCAAGGCUGGCCAGAGCAUUCAUAUUUUCUUCAUAGAGGAAUUGACUCUGUUCAGAAACUGAACAGGGGAUGCAUUGAAGCAUGUUGGUAUUGCCCAGAAGGAAGGCCAAGAGAACACCUUAAAGAUAUCCAUGCUAUUUACAAUCUAAGAGGAGAUGUUAGAGAUAACAUGAAACAGUUCAAGUUUCUACUGAGUGUUUCUUACGUACUGGUAAUUAUAAUAGAAAAUACAGCUUUAAAUGAAGAAGAAAUUGAUUCACUGAAGUUCUUUGACGGUUGGGUCAUUUUGAUAAAUUUGGCUCAAGAAGGAAUUUCAACAACUAAGAAUAAAAAAGUCUGUUUAUAUGCACAAAAUAUAAACCAAAAUAUACUCUCGCAAACUUUAAUUGAAUAUAUUCCACCAGUUUCUCAAAAGUUAAAUUCACUCGAAAAUCAAGCUGACCUUGCAUUAUCAUUUGGUUUUUUAAUUGAUGAAAUGAAUGUGGAUUGCAAAACAGGAAAGAAAGCUGCUGAAGAGUUUAUAAACCAGAUCAAAAAAUAUGAUCUUGAUUCCCUAAAAUCCUUUGUUGUUCCUCUUCAAGGAAGUGAUUGGAUAGAAUGGGCAACUAUUGAUAAAGAGGAGUCAAGACAUCAAUAUAGGGGAGAUGCAGAUCCACAACAGUACAGCAGUAAAUUGAGAGACAAAAAGAAACAAUUAAGAAAAAGCCAGUUAAAAAAAGGGUUAAGUCAGGAAAUUGAAUUUUUCUUAAAAAAAAUGUUACAAUUUAGAAAUACAUGCAUCCAAAGAUACUUUAUUCAAUGGUGCCAAAUAGAAUUAAAUGCAAUGUCAGAGAAAUACUUGCCUAAAAUCUUGAGUGAUUUUAACAGCUCAGCAAAACAGCUCUCAAGUCUGAUAAAACAAUUAGAAACACAAAAGAAAUGUUCUAAAGAUAAUAUGAAUGAAAAUGUUAUGCAACAACUCAUUACAGAAGAAAAAAAAAAAAUAAAUAUAUUGUCUGAAAAGUUUAAAAAUGCCUCUUUUGGAAUUGAAAACAUAUUUAGAGAAAUGGGUCAAGUUUAUGAAAGUUACGAAGAGGAGAACCAAAACAAAAUUGUCUCCGACCUUCCUAUUCUGAUGGCUGAACUUUUUUUGAUAGGUUACCCUUUAGAAAUUAUGGAUGGUGAUGCUGUUCAUGUACCAUUAGUUUGGAUUCAAAAGGUUUUUAUGGAAGUUAAAAAGAAAAUUGGCAAUGUUAAUGUUUUUGUGCUAUCAAUUUUGGGUAUCCAAAGUAGUGGUAAAUCAACUUUUCUUAACACAAUGUUUGGUUCUAAAUUUGCAGUGUCGUCUGGACGAUGCACCAAGGGAGUUUUUAUUCAACUGGUUUCAGUGUCUCAAAAUCUUCGUCAAAAAAUGAACUGUGACUACUUUAUUAUAAUGGACUCGGAAGGUUUAAGAUCUCCAGAAAUGACAGAUUCUUUUAGACAUGAUAACGAAAUUGCAACUCUUGUGACAUGUUUGGCAAACGCAACUAUUAUAAAUUUUUGGGGUCAAACAUUUAGCAAAGAAAUGUCAGACAUCGUGCAAAUUGCAGCACAUGCGUACAUCAGAAUGAAAAAAAUUGAAAUUAAAUCUUCAUUUCAUAUGAUUUUUGCUGGUGUACCAGAUAUUAAUGCAAAAGAAAAAAACAGACUUGGUGUUAAAAAGAUACUUGACGAGCUCAAUAUUAUGAUUCUAAAAAUUGCAAACGAUGAAGGAAGAAUUGACAUUUUAAGUGGUCUGUCAUCCAUUUUUCCUUUAAUUCAUGAGCAGCUUGAUAAACUCGAUUUUCCUGAAUUCUUUCCUGCUCUCUGGCAAGGUUCCAUGAAUACACCUGAACCUAGGUAUGGUGAAAUUGUUCAAGAGUUAAAGAAUUCAAUUUGUGAUGCUCUGAUAAAAUAUCAAAAUACAACUUUAAGAACUCAACCUAUUCAGGAAUUUAUUGCUCGCCUGUCAGAUAUUUGGGAAGCAAUUAAACAAGAAAAUUUUGUUUUUGGCUUUAAAAACAGUCACGCUAUUAUUGUGUUUGGAGAAGUACAAAGGCUUUAUGACAAAGAACUUGCUCAACUUAGAAAAAGUUUUUAUGAGCUCUCAUAUCAAGUUGCAGAAGAAUUUUUUCAAGAAAACACAGAAUUGAAGAAUGAAUAUGAGGGAUUUAGAAUAUACAACAGAAAAUUUGAACAACAGGUUUUGCCUAAAAUUGAGUUAUUACAGGAAAAAGUUAAGGAAAAUUUAAGAGCUCAUGUUUUUAAAAUGCCUGACCCGGAUUUGGCAGCUACUCAUUUGUCUACAUUCUUUGUAGACAUGACUAAAAAAGUUACUAUUUGGCUGGAAAAAGAAAAAGAAAUAAAAAAUGAAAAAAUUAAUUCAAUAUGCCAAAAUGAAAAGAUUACACCAAUAAAAAGACAACAAUACAGAAAAAAAUGUUUAAUGGAAGCUAGAAAAAUAGCAAGUGACCUAAAGAAUAAAUCUGGAAUUUCCAUUGAUAAAACUAUUGUUAUAAAAGAGUUUGAAAACAUGUUCCAACAGUGGAUGCUUGAAGCCUGCAACUAUGACAAAAACUCUUAUAAGUCGUUAGACAGUUUGUAUGUCAAAACAUGGUAUGAUUCGUUAAAUAUUUUAACUCAAAAGCUACAUCUGCUUCACCCAAAAAGUGAUUUAGAGUUGUUUAAUAAAGUCGAUUCAUACUUCAAUUCAAUAAAAAAAAUUGAAGAAAAUGAUGAAAAAAGUCUUUUUAAUAUUCAUCUGACAUCUCAAAGUGAUAUAACCUUAACUUCGUGUCGAAUUAAACAGAUUUACAAAAAUUUUGUGAAACAAGACUGGCAUAAUGACUUAAAAGAGGCAAACUCAAAAUUAAAUUUAAUUAUUGAGAAAGUAAAAAGCAUAAUCAAAGACAGCCGAGAAAAGUCUGCUACUAACUUUAGUUAUUCAGAGGUUAUUGCUGAUAUUUUACAUCAGUCCCAUGAAGAUAUUUUAAAACCACUAUCUAAUAAUUUUGAAUUCAGUAAAGCAUUUAAAUUCGAAUUCCUUAUUAAAAUAUUUGGAGCUUCAGUGAAGAAGAUGGCAUUGUUGCGCCAAGAACAUAGUAAGAUCCAUUCAUAUGCAAAAUACCUUGAUAAUCAAAAAAGUGAUUUGUUUAACGAAUUUCAAACUGAAUGUCACGCUGCUGACUCUGAUGCAAGAGCAGGGGAACGAUUUAUUAACUUUACUUUUUGCAAAAUUAUUGAGAAUCAGGUAAAACUAUCAAUAGGACCUUUAGUUUUUGAUUCAAUAAUCUGCAGACCUCAGUUCAAUAUGAAAAACGAGAUGAUGUACUACAUUCUUAAAGAGCUUAUUAAGGCACCAUACAGUCAAGUUCAGUCUUUUAUUAAUGAUUACAAUACGUACGUCAAAAAUUGGAUCAAGAAAGAGGUCACCAAACAUUGCUUAAAAAAUAAUUUUCUUACAAACUGCAUUAACAAUAAGAUAAAGUCGAUUGUUCUUUUAAUCUCUGACAUCCUGAGAAAUAUUGAAACUUCAGCUAUUCACACAAACCCAAAAUCUUGGUGGGAAGCGGUGAAUGAAAAAAUGAAAGCAAAAGAAAUACUUUAUCAGCUUCCUUUGAAUGACGUUAUAAGCGAACUGGAAAGCAUCAAUAACUUUCCAUAUACUCUAAAAACUAUGAUAAAAUCACUUAAUCAACCUUCAUUUGAAAUUUACGUUUUAAAGCAGAUCCUUCAGUCAUCUACUGAAAUGAACAUUUCUGAUUCAGACGACGAAAAAGAUAAGUCUUUACUUGCUCAGAGAUUGCUCAAUUGGUUUGUUGUGAAUCCAUUGACGGCUCUGCAAGAACAAAGGAUCGGAUGUACUGCUCAGUGUCCGUUUUGCGGAGCAGUUUGUAGUGGGGGAGUUGCAUGUCAAGCAGAGGGAUCACGUAAUCAAAAACACCGGGCAGAAAUACAUAUGCCACAGGGCAUCAAUCAAUAUCGAUGGAAAGAUACUAAUGACCCUAACAAAGAAAAUACACUUGUUUCUGAUAUAUGUACCUCUCUUGUAACUUCAAAGGCUGCUUUUAAAAUGAAUAAUAAAAACAACAUCAAAUAUGGAAUUGAACACGACAAUUACAUCCCAUAUUCUACGGUCAAUGAUCUGAUUUACGAUUGGCACUAUAAUUCGGUGCCCAAAGCCAGUGCAACAGCAUUUUGGCAGUAUCUUUUUGUCAAAUAUCAGUCCGAGUUUGCAAAAAAUCAUAAUGCCAAAGAGGCAAUUGAUAUUCCCAGUGGUUGGAGAUUGGUGACAGUCAAAGACGCUAAAAAAAAUUUGAGGGAGAUUCACACUAUCCAAGAAGCAUCAUCGGACUCUGAGAACGAUUUAUGAAGAUUCUCUGUAAUGCUUAAUAAAAUCAACAUGCAACGCGUUCUGUAAAUCAAAAACUUGUAUCAUCUGAUGAAUCAGUGAUUGGAAGACGUUCUGCUUUUUACCCUGAAGCCACACAAACGUCUCAAGGGUUUGCACUUUAAAGCUUAUACAAGAAAACAGAACGUGUUUUUAUCUCAAACACUUGUGAAGAGAAUAUAAGAAAUCUUCAAAUUAAAAUAAUUUACAAUUUUUAAAUAAUUAUUUUAGUUGUAACUAACAAAAUUUUCUUAUUAA